AUGAGGAUGCUGCUCGGUCUUGCUGAGGCGCUGCCCAGCCUCGUGGAAGCCCAAUUCAAGGCAGCAAGAGCUUCUGCUGCCCUGGCCUUCUCUCAAACAGAGCUCGCCAUCAUUCGUACGUCGGCUGGGAUUCCGUUCCAGCUGCGAUACUGCCCAGCCCUCGCAAAGAAGCCCGAGCCCCGCAAGGAUGACGCGCCGAAGAAGACGUUCGAUCCCUUCGAGAACCCUCCCCGCGAACUCUUCAUUACGGACAUACCCGUGAACAAUCCAAGCCACUUCCUCGUCCUGAACAAGUUCCCCGUCAUCACCAACCACUCUAUACUUGCUACGAAGAUAAAUAAACAGCAGACACAUGCCUUGGAGGAGGAUGACCUCGAGGCAACCUACGCCUGCCUGAAAGCAUGGCAGAAGAACGGAGUGCCUAGCAGGCAGAAUCGCUUGUUUGCCUUCUUCAACUCCGGCGAACAUAGCGGCGCGAGCCAGCCGCAUAGGCAUCUACAAUUUCUCCCCGUUGAUAGCAUGCAUGAGGGCGAGCGCUCUGCUGGAUGGGAGCUGCUGAUCGACCUGAUCCUGUCCUGCGCUACGACGGCCUCAUCCGAACCCAUACAACACCCUUCUCUUCCCUUCACGCAUUUUGCGUACAAAUUUUCUUCAGAGCCAACUGGUGCCGAUCUUCUCAAGUUCUACAACGAUCUCUAUCGCAUGGCGAAAGAAGCAGUCGACAAGUUCAUCGCAGCGAACUCAGGCCAGCUGUCCCUCCAUUCUGUUGAGGAAGGACACCUGCCAAUAAGCUACAACCUGGCCAUGACAACUGCUGGCAUUGCUAUACUUCCAAGACGAAGCGAGGGCCAUAUGCUUCGAGGCGAUAACGGCACUGACUUCGGCUUCAUUCAACUCAAUGGCACUACCCUUGGCGGUACUCUGAUGGUCAAAUACCAAGAGGAAUGGGAUGUGCUCCGGGCGCAACCUCAUAAGCUCGACUCCAUUCUAGAGGCUAUCGGUAUCCCGCGCAUGCCUUGA